AUGAGUUUAUUCCCGGUUAAUGAACAAGAUAAGGAAGAAUUCCUCAAUUAUUUAGACCAAAAUGGUAUUUUGGAUAAACUAACCGAUGUACUAGUCAUGUUGCAUAGCGAACAAGAAAUGCCCUCAAAUCCCAUUGAAUACGUGAGGAAGAACAUAUAUGUGAACAACGCGGACAUUGAGGAAAUUAAGGAGUUAAAUAUUCAAAUCCAAAACGCCACUGUUGAACUGGCUGAGCUUCAGAAGAUCAGGGAUGAACUCAGGGUUCGUCUAGAACAAUUUCAAAGUGAAUCACAACUGGAGGCUGAAGACUGUGAGGAUGAAGCGGUCGGAGUAGCAGACAACGAUGAAUAUGCCGAUUAAAAAUUCGGAAAUCAAUUCACUGCAAGUUUCCUGUUACAUCUAUUAAAUAAAUAAUAAUUAAAUAAUUAAUAAUAAUUUUAUCACAACUAUGAGAAACCUGUAAUAGUCUGUUUAAUUGUUUACUUUUUUAAUGAAUUAUUCAUCAAUAGGCAAUAGAAUCAAAAUCUUAAUCUAUCGGUAAUGUAUAUGCAUAUGUAUCCUUUUUAGUUUUUACUGUAAUUUAUUUCGAGUUUUUCCCGAUUAUUAAGAAAAUUAUAGGAAGUUCUUAUUUCUAACACAGUGACAUGGACACCCUAAUAUAUACCAACAAGUUUCAA